AAACCAUCGAUCCAACUCCUCUCAAUACACCAAAAAAAAGGCUAUCAAAUUCUCAAUCUUUAUCCCCUACCUAGGGUUCUCUCUGUUCCUCUCGUCUCUCAUAUCCAGCUCUAAAAAUCAAACCUUUUUUUUUUUUCCCGAAAACCAUGAACAACUCCACCCAUCCCACUUCACAGAUCUUCUCAGCGGUGUCUCUCUUACCGCCUUAGCAGAAAACCCUACAAAGAUUUCAGCUUUAAGGGUUUUUGCUUUAUUAGAUUCAAAUUUUUUGCUUUCUGGGAUUCAACCCUUGAUUAGUUUUGAGAAUUUUAGCUACUGGGUUCUGCUCAGCUUUUGUGUUCCUGGUUAGAUAUUGGUAUUAGAAGAGUGUAGGAGGAUAUGGAGAGGUUUGAGAGUGGGAGUAGUAUUCAGGAGGCGCCCUGUUCUAUUCCUCAGGAUCUCAACCAAUUUGGAGUUAAUUCUUCAGGCGAGGUAUUCGAUGCAUCACAAUAUGCAUUUUUUGGUCAAGAUUCUGUUCAGGAAGUUGAGUUGGGAGGUUUAGAAGAUGAAGAGGAGACUGCAGUUGCUCUUGAAGAGGAGGAGUUUCUAUAUAACAAAGAAGAGGGUGGUGUCUCUCUAUCUGAUGCUGAUGAUCUGUCUUUAACUUUUGAAAAGUUGAACAAGGAUGUAAAUGGAACUAGGAGCACUGGAAUAAUUGGUGAUAGAGGAUCCAGAGAAAGUUCAUCUGCUGCUGAAUGGGUGCAGGAAAGUUUCCCUAACUGGAUUGAUGAAGAAAUAUUUGAUGCUGAAAGCAUUCAAGAUGGGAAAAGAUGGUCUUCAGGACCGUUUUCUUCUAUUCGUCCUACAGAAGCAAAGCCUUUGUACAGAACUUCUUCAUAUCCUGAGCCCCCACAGCUGCCACAGCAGCAGCAACAACAACAUCAAUAUUUUUCUAGCGAACCAAUUCUGGUGCCAAAAUCUUCUUUUACUUCAUAUCCACCUCCAGGUGGCAGAUCUCAGCAGGGUUCACCUAACCACCAAUCAGGCCACAUGAAUAUUCCUUAUGCUGCUGGUGGACCUCAGGGGGGAAUAUCUUCACCAAACCUUUCUCCCUACUCUAACUCUCCACUUCAAAUGACUGGGUUACCUCAUGGAUCACAUUUUGGUGGAAAUUUGCCUCAUCUGACUCCGGGUCUUCCUGUUAAUACUCGUCCCCUUACUCAAUGGGCCAACCAAAGUGGCUCAUUUGGAGAUCAUCCUAGUCAUUUAAAUAAUCUGUUGCAGCAACAGUUAUCUCAUCAGAAUGGUUUGCCUCCACAGUUGAUGCAUCAGCCACAGCAGCCGCAUCCUAGACUGCACCAUCCAGUUCAGCAACCAUUCAGCCAUAUGUCAGCAAUGCAGUCUCAACUAUUUAACCCCCACCUUCCUCCAUCCCCACCCUUGAUGAACAAGUUUGAAGCAAUGUUCGGUAUGAGUGAUCUUAGAGAUGAAAGGUCAAGAUUAGCUCAGAAAGGUAGACAGAAUAUGCGUUUUUCUCAACAUGGCUUUGAUACAGGUAGCUACAAAAGUGGUGGUGGGUGGCCAUCAUUUAGGUCCAAGUAUAUGACAGCUGAUGAAAUUGAGGGUAUACUUCGAAUGCAGCUUGCUGCAACACACAGCAAUGACCCAUAUGUAGAUGAUUAUUACCACCAGUAUUGCCUUGCAAGAAAAUCUGCUGGGGCGAAGUUGAAACAUCAUUUCUGUCCAACUCAUUUAAGGGAUCUUCCUCCUCGGGCACGAGCUAAUGCUGAACCACAUGCUUUUCUCCAAGUUGAUGCUCUUGGGAGGGUCCCAUUCUCUUCAAUACGCAGGCCUCGCCCUCUUCUUGAAGUGGAGCCACCAAAUUCAUCUAGUCCGGGCAACACUGAACAGAAGGUUUCUGAGAAGCCUCUAGAACAGGAGCCAAUGCUUGCUGCUAGGGUUACAAUUGAGGAUGGACUUUGUCUUCUCCUGGAUGUGGAUGAUAUCGAUCGUUUUUUACAAUUCAAUCAGCUCCAAGAUGGUGGAACCCAGUUGAGGCGUAGGCGUCAGGGCUUGCUAGAAGGGCUCGCAGCAUCUCUACAAUUGGUUGAUCCACUUGGGAAAAAUGACCACACAGAUGGGCUUGCUCUCAAGGAUGAUCUUGUGUUCCUGAGGUUAGUCUCUCUACCCAAGGGCCGAAAGCUUCUUGUCAAGUACCUACGGCUUCUUUUUCCAGGUGGUGAGCUCAUGCGAAUAGUCUGUAUGGCCAUCUUCCGCCAUUUAAGGUUCUUGUUUGGUAUCCUCCCUUCUGAUCCAAGGGCUGCAGAAACUACAAAUAAUAUCGCUAGGGUUGUUUCAUCAUGUGUUCGAGAUAUGGACCUUGGUGCACUUAGUGCUUGUCUAGCAGCAGUGGUUUGUUCCUCGGAGCAACCCCCGCUUCGUCCCAUUGGAAGCUCUGCAGGAGAUGGUGCUUCCCUUAUUCUGAAUGCUGUUCUUGAUAGGGCAACUGAACUCUUAACUGAUCCUAAUGCUGCUAGCAACUACAAUAUGACUAAUCGGGCACUUUGGCAGGCCUCCUUUGAUCAAUUCUUUGGCCUUCUGACCAAGUAUUGUGUAAACAAGUAUGAUACUAUAAUGCAGUCACUGCUAAUGCAGGCCCCCACGAAUAUGGCUGUUAUUGGCUCAGAUGCAGCCAGAGCUAUUAGUCGUGAAAUGCCAGUUGAGCUGCUGCGUGCGAGUCUUCCUCACACCGAUGAUCACCAGAGACAGUUGCUCUUAGAUUUCACGCAGCGGUCCAUGCCUGUGGGAGGAUCUAACAAUCACGAUGGGGGAAAUGGUGCCCACAUAAAUUCAGAGUCUGUGCUAAGUUGAUCAUAAACCCAAGUGAAGAAUAUUUUGGCCGCUAAAAAACAUAAUUUUGAGAAGAAAAGCCAUUCUAAGCGGGCAUUCAAUUGGAUUGCAAAAUUCUUGGGUUUUUAUCGACUUGUGCUCUAUCUUGAGCAAAUAAAUUGGUGGCUGUUUAAGGGCAUAGAUGUGAUUCAGGUAAGUGUGGUAUUUUAGGUUUACAUGUUCUUACUUUCAUGCUUCUCUGGAAAAACUUGUAAGCAAGCUUCUCUAUGUAAUCCUUUUAAAUCCGAUGGUACAGCUUUCCUUUUUAUAUCUUUUAGAGGGAUAUGAGGGUAGAUAAUUUUCCUCAACUUAGGAGCUUAUUUGAUGCUCUGUUGUGGAAUUUUUAAGAUAGAGAUGUAGAAGGGCUUAUUUUGAUGCUCUGUUGUGGAAUUCGUAAAAUAGAGAUGUAGUAGGCAUGUACAGUAUUCAGUGCAGUUGAUCCCACAUUCGUGUAAACACACAAGGGUGAGCUGGUGCAUGAAACUCCUAUCAACUGGGGUUAGGGAGAGCAAGGCAAAGAUGGGGAUGCUGAGUUUAGGCUCUUUUGGGCAAGUCUACAUUGAGAAGGCACCUCUUGCAUUCCUGUGUUAAAUUUUAUUCAAAGAUGUUGGAUGCUCUUCUUUUGGUUAUGUUACUGUUCAACUACAUACUGGGGGACGUACUGAUUAAGUUUCUAGUUGUCUAGACAUAUAGCAUUAUGUUAACUCUGUUGUGGCAAAAUUUUUGUUUUUGUUUAGACAGUCCCAUUUGGUUAAUGUAGUGCACUCUGCGUGGGUUGAAUUUUGAAAUUUGCUUAA